AUGAAUAAACAACUUACGACCUUGACUUCUGGAAUAAGCAGCUCUGCUGAAUGUAUUGAGGAUCUGAAUGAGAAAAAAUCUGCAGCUGAACCGGAACAGAUAUCUCAAGAAUUGAAGGAGACUAAACAAGGAAAGGAGAAAGCACAGAUGGAAAGUACCAACCAGAAGCCUACACAUGUGGAUUAUAAACAAGAAGACCCUUGGAUUACAUGGAUUACAAAUCUGCAAAAGAUGCGAAAGAUGAAGGAGGAGGCCCCUGGAGUACUUGGAAUUCAAGAACUUAAAAGAAAGAAGAAAUAUGAUGGGGGCCUCCAUUCUGAAUAUGAAGGACUGGUGGAACUUUUGCAGCAGUUGUCUCUAAGUUUUCUUGUGGGAAGAAAAUCUGGCUUGACUGGGACAGAACUCCUUCGAGAUCCGAAGACCAACAUAAAGGACUACCAACAAAACCGGCGGAGAGGGACUGAAAGAGACUUGAAGGCCUCGGAUGUGAGAAAUCCAGGCUAA